AUGGGCUCCCGGCACUUCCCUGCCCGCACCGUGCUCUUCGAGAAGGAGUCCAACGGCGUCACGUACCGUGUGCCUGCCCUGCUCUACCUGCCCUGCGUGGCCAAGCUGCUGGCUUUCGCGGAGGAGCGGCUGAGCGCCGACGAUGCCCAUGCUAAUGUGUUGGUGAUGCGCCGCGGCACCGUCUACGGGAGCUACGUGGAGUGGGAAGACAUGCGCGUGCUGGAGACGGCGACACUGCAGCACCACCGGUCGAUGAACCCCUGCCCGCUCUACGACGAGUUCACUGGCACCCUAUUCCUUUUUUUCAUCACCGUGCUGGGCAGGACACCCGAAGCCUACCAAAUCGUCACUGGCCAGAACGUCACCCGCCUCUGCUGCGUCACCAGCACCGACCAGGGCCUGAGCUGGAGCACGGCCACAGACCUGACGCAGCAGGUCAUUGGCAGGGCCAUCAAAGACUGGGCGACGUUCGCACUGGGCCCCGGGCAUGGGAUCCAGCUGCGGUCCGGCCGGCUGCUGGUGCCCGCUUACAGCUACCACAUCGACUGCAAGGAGUGCUUCGGGCAGCUCUGCAAGACCACCCCUCACUCCUUCGCCUUCUACAGCGACGACCACGGCCGGGGCUGGCGCUUCGGGGAGUUCAUUACGGGCGAGUGCCAGCUGGUCUCGGUGGAUGAGGAGGACGGCUCCAAUGUCCUCUACUGCAACGCCCGUAGCCCCUUGGGCUUCAGGGUCCAGGCGCUGAGCACAGAUGACGGGGCCGUCUUCCACGGGGGGCAGCUGGUCCAGCGGCUGGUCGAGCCCCCCCAUGGCUGUCAUGGCAGCGUCGUUGGCUUCCCCGCACCUUUUGUAUAUGUCCCCACUGCCCCCCGGGACCCUGGGGUGCCCCUCCGAGGCUCAGCUCGCCAGCUGCUCCCUGGGAUGCUCCCAGGGUUUCGGUACCUGCCCGCCCGGCAGGCAGCGGGUGAUGAGCUGCCCACCGUGGCCACCAGCAGCCACCACAAGCCAGCCCAGUCCCAGAAGCGCUGUCUCACACCAGGGCAUCUCAGCCAUACCAGUGGUGUCACUUUGGUCCAAGGGGACCCCAUGACAACCCCCAACCCUGCUCCCUUCUUCCAAGCACCAACGUGGGUCCUCUACUCCCACCCCACCAGCUCUAUGUCGCGGGUCAACAUGGGGGUCCACCUGAGCACUUUCCCCAGGGAUGCAGAGAGCUGGACCGAGCCGUGGGUCAUCUACGAGGGCCCAAGUGCUUACUCAGACCUGGCUUACAUGGAGCUGCCCUACAAUGGGGGCAUCGUUGGUGGCCCAGCUGUUGCUUUUGCCUGCCUCUACGAGAAUGGGACACGGUCGCCCUACGAGCAGAUCUCUUUCAGCAUGUUCACGCUGUACGAUGUGCUUCAGAACAUCCCCCUGACAGCCACUGCUCCCCAGCGUGACAGUGCCCCCCCACACCGUGCGAAGUGGGGCCGAAGGAGCUGCCUUGUCUCCUAG